GCCAAAGUCCCUGCCCCCGAGCGCGAGCGUCCCAGCCCUCCUGCGCUGUCCAGCUGCGGGCCGCAGCCGCCGGCACCGGGCGCCUGAGCUCCCUAGUCCCCGAUGUCCUUUACUGCCUCCUCCGCGGAGCAGCUGGGGCGCGGGGCUAGACUGCGGGGCUGCCGGUCACGGCGCAGGCUCCCGGGCUCGCGCCUGGCGGGCGCUCAGCUCCUUAAGCGCCUUCUGGUUGGAGAGCCUGCAGGGAGACGCCUCAUUCUCAGGCAAGGUCUAGGCGCCUGACUUCUUUCGGGAGUAGAUUUUUUUCCCUUUGUGUCCAGACUUAGCAAGGGCUCUUACUGGGCCCUUCUGGCCUGAGCGUGCACACCACAACGUCCCAUUCCAGUUUCCGUGUCACAGAUCCUAAUGCCUAGGAAAUGCUUCCGGAUGUCCAACUAAGAUUUGAAUAAGUACCCUGACCCCGUUGCUAGGUGUCCUCAGAGACUGCCCCGGCUGACAGCUGUGGCCAAUAGAGAUGACUCCUGUGCCGGGCCCUCUAUUUCAUUGCCUUCCCCUGCAGUCAGCGCGGCAAGCUUCGCAGGGCAUUUCCUCUUCAGGUUUGAAGAUGGAAAUGUAGGUGGUCCCAAAACACUAGUGUUACUUCCCCUUAUCGACUGGGAUCUCCUUGCAGCGUUACUUCCUCUGGACGGUUUCACUUUCAGUUCCCUUUUCAACAUUUUCCUCGGACGCGGUCUUUCCAAGGCUUAUCCACUGAAAAUUUUCCUUGGAUAGGAAAGGACUUAGCACUCAGGCCUGUGAAUAGGAGAUACAAAGACUUCCAAAAAAGGACCAGUUCCUCGGAUGUGCCCCCUCACAGAGAGAUGAAGGGGCAGCAGAAAACAGCUGAAACGGAAGAGGGGACAGUGCAGAUUCAGGAAGGUGCAGUGGCUACUGGGGAAGACCCAACCAGUGUGGCUAUUGCCAGCAUCCAGUCAGCUGCCACCUUCCCUGACCCCAACGUCAAGUACGUCUUCCGAACUGAGAAUGGGGGCCAGGUGAUGUACAGGGUGAUCCAGGUGUCUGAGGGGCAGCUGGAUGGCCAAACUGAGGGAACUGGUGCCAUCAGUGGCUACCCUGCCACUCAAUCCAUGACCCAGGCGGUGAUCCAGGGUGCUUUCACCAGUGAUGAUGCAGUUGACACGGAGGGGACAGCUGCUGAGACGCACUAUACUUACUUCCCCAGCACGGCAGUGGGAGAUGGGGCAGGGGGUACCACAUCGGGGAGUACAGCUGCUGUUGUUACUACCCAGGGCUCAGAGGCACUGCUGGGGCAGGCGACCCCUCCUGGCACUGGUCAAUUCUUUGUGAUGAUGUCACCACAAGAAGUACUGCAGGGAGGAAGCCAGCGCUCAAUUGCCCCUAGGACUCACCCUUAUUCCCCGAAGUCAGAAGCUCCCCGGACGACUCGGGAUGAGAAACGCAGGGCUCAACAUAAUGAAGUGGAGCGCCGCCGCCGAGACAAGAUCAACAACUGGAUCGUGCAGCUCUCCAAGAUAAUCCCAGACUGCUCCAUGGAGAGCACCAAGUCUGGCCAGAGUAAAGGUGGGAUUCUAUCCAAAGCUUGUGAUUAUAUCCAGGAGCUUCGGCAGAGUAACCACCGCUUGUCUGAAGAACUGCAGGGGCUUGACCAACUGCAGCUGGACAAUGACGUGCUUCGACAACAGGUGGAAGAUCUUAAAAACAAGAAUCUGCUGCUUCGAGCUCAGUUGCGGCACCACGGAUUAGAGGUCGUCAUCAAGAAUGACAGCAACUAACUAUGGGGAUUCAGGGGCUUUGGCCCCAAGAACUGCAGAUAGCCCAGGAGCAACAGCCUAAUCCUGUGCCCCUUUCCUUCACUGCCCACUUCUGGCAUGGGACAGGGGGAAGUUCAGAAGGUGUGUCCUUGAACUGAGGCCCUGUGAUAAUGGCAGCCUGCAGUGGUGUGAAACACACAAUGUGGAGGUGCACUGACAGCCUUGCCCACCCCCACCAUGCAACCCCUGGGCCCUUGUGCUCCUCUCGCACAAUGCAUGUGCUGCCUCCAUGCUGGAUACUGGACACACUAAACUGGGGGGCUUGUCCUGUACUUGCUUAGAGUGCCCAGCAGAGGUCUGCUGACAGGUGAUGCUCUGGCUUGCCCCAGGACUCUGGCACUUCCAUUGGUUCUUCCUUUCCCUGGAGCUGAGGUUUAGAGGUGCACCCUGUGGCUCAGGGGAACAAGCUUACACAAGAAGUGGGGGAAGGGUGUUUAGCAGUGGCUGGUGCCCAUGAAGAGGAGAUUGGCCAGCGAGAAGCUGAGGCCUAUGCAGACGUCUCUGAAGCCAGAGAGAACAACAGGCAGGGGUCCACUUGGGGCCUUCCCCCUUAUGGGGGUCUUUUUUUUUUUUUCUUUCCUUUUCCUUUUUUUUUUUUUUUUUUUUUUUUUAAGGAUAAAAUUGUUCAAAGCCA